UCCCGGAUGUAAACAUGUUUGGCUCUGUUUUUAAACAAACUUGUUAACAGUUUUUUGACAUAAAUCGACUGUUUUGAUGCAACCACGAAAAUUUUAAUCAAGACCAUGGCGGGACGAGAUAUUUCCAAAACAUUUGAAGAAUUCGAAUCUGACGAAUUAAGUUUGGAAACGUCAGUUCCCACCGAUUUGACGCUGUCCCCGGACCACAGUGAUGGGGAAGGACGGGGAACUCGAAAGAAGCGAAUAACAAAACAACUAAUUGAGCGAAAACAGCUUGUGCAUGAUAUUCAGCUGUUAAAAAUUGAACUGUCACAAAAAAAUCUGCAAAUUGAAAAUUUAAAAGCUGAAUAUUUACAGAGAACCGAGGAGCUGGAAGAAAAAUUAAAUGACGCACUUCAUCAAAAACAAAUUUUGACAGCUCGUCUCGAAUCACAGUUACAGCUCCAGGAAAGUGAGGCAAAGAAACGUCAAGAUUUGAUACGUCAGGAAUUAGAGGAAGUCCGCAGACGACAACAGCAGUUGGACAGUGUCAAUGAAAGGUUGCAAGAAAAAGCUGGAAAUGUACGGAGAAGUCUGAAGGAUUUGAGCCUAUCUGAAGAGAAGUACUAUGAACUGAGGACACUGUCAGAAGAAGACUUGUCUCUUAGGGAUUAUGUUGCGCUGAGGUUAUUUGAGGUAGUGAAACCACUACAGACAGAAAUUGACCAACUACGGAUGAGAAACAGGACACUCGAAGACGAAACAAAAAUAAACAGGAAUGAGAUAUUAGAUCUACAAAAGCAUCUCGAUGAGGAGCGACAGGACCAUGGAGAGCUCCGGGUGCGAUAUCAAAAGAUGGCGGAGCAUUUUUCAGAGAUUAAGGACCGAGUACAACAUGACAAUUUCAGAGUUGAGAACUAUGACCGAAUAAAAGGAGAGCGAGACCACCUGGAGAGUGACCACCUGGAUGUCCACCGCCAGCUGUCCGUGCUGGAGGCCUCUCACAGUGUCCUGCAGAAGGAGAGGGACGAUCUCAGCAGAGAGCUGACUGCAGCUAAACAGUCAAUAGCACUUUUGAAGCAAGACAAAGAUUAUUUGGCAAAGCAAGUUGCGGAUUAUUCGAACCGAGCAUCGUUUUCUGAGGAGAAAGUUCAACAACUGAAUCGACAGGUGGAUGAUGCUAAGGCAGCAAGAGAGGAAAUGUAUGAGAAAUAUAUAUAUGCACGGGACCAGUAUAAAAAUGAAUACGAAGACAAGCUGCGAGAAGAACUUGAACAGAUCCGAAUUCGAACCAACACGGAAAUUGAUCGGCUUAGGUCAUCUACAAAGGAAAUGUAUGAGAGAGAAAACAGAAAUUUACGAGAAGCACGUAACAUGGCAGUAUCGGAGAAGGAGAAGAUUCAGUGCUCCGAGCGGGAGUUGAAAACUCAGUACGAACAGCUGCUUACUGAGUUUCGAAAGCUGCAAACAAAUGGUGAUAACCGAGUUUCUGAGCUAAUGAAUGAUUUAAAAAUUAAAUCGUUUGAAGUGGAACGGACACAGAUGGUGCAUGAAGAGACAGUGAGAAACCAGCAAGAAGCACAGAUGGACAUUGAAAAACUACAGAAAAAAACGGAGGUGUUAAUGAAAGAAUACCACACUCUGGAGUUGUCGAUGGAGAAAAGAGUUGCCGAACUUGAAAACACUUUGUCUGAGCAGAAAGUCAAGCUGGAAACAUAUGAGAGACUGGAACAAGAGCUUGAUGAUGUCGUUAUGCAGGCCGCUGAAGUGGAGGAUGAGCAAGAUGCAGAAAGAGUAUUAUUUUCUUAUGGUUACGGAGCGAAUGUUCCAAGCACUGCAAAGAGAAGGUUACAACAGAGUGUCCAUCUUGCAAGGCGAGUACUUAGUCUUGAGAAAGCCAACACGUCAAUGAGACAUGAAAUAGAGAGAGAGAAACAGAAAACACAGCAACUGGCAGAAGAGCUACGGAACAGCAAUUCGUUACUGGACCAGGCUGAGCAACCGUACAACUAUCUGAUAGAGAGCAUCCGACUGAGAGACAGCCAGAUGCAGAAACAGAAGGAGCUCAUUGCUACAAUGGAGGCAGAUCUGAGGAAACUUGAGAAGGAGAGAGGAGAUCUGAUCAGGACCAAGAACCAGAUGUCGUUGGAUUUAGAAAGACUGCUCAAUCAAAAAGAAGAGAUGGCCGUGCUGAAGCAGGUUGUUUUGAGUCUGUCCACUCGCCAGCACAGUGACGGCAAAGUGCACUCCAAGGAGCCAACGAAACCAAAGAGUGCCUCCACCAAACUUCGUCCAACCUUCGAGCCUUUUGGUGAGCCCAAUGUUGAACAGCCAGGAUCCAUUUCGUUGACAAAGCAUCCUGCAUCUUCAAAGUGGGCAAAGAGCCUUCAGCAGAAGAAUUCGACUGGAAACACAAAGUAUUCUAAAGUAUAUGGAACGGCUAGCAGCUGAACCGGUUCUUCAUCCAAUGCCAAGUGCGACCAAUGUGGAAAAUAUAGGACUGUGAAACACAGUGGAAGUCUAAGCUCUGGUGCUGGAUUUAAUUUAGGAACAAAACUCCUCAUACACUCAGAAUGAUCAAAAUAUUUUAGUUUUGUACUUAUUGUUGUUUUUGUUUUUUUAAUUAGCAUUUCAGAUGUCACAUAUUUAUCUAUAAAUUAAUUCAGUACUUUGUAGAGAAAAUUAAUGCUUGGAAUAUAACCUUUCUAAAAAUCUGUAACAUGGUUUAUAAAAUUAAUAUAAAUGUACAGCUUUGAUAAUUGAUUUAUAAUCUGAGAAAUGUAAUGUACAAACAUUGUGCAUGGUUUUACAUGAUUUUAUUUAUACGCAUUCAUACCUUUGUACUUUUAUUUUAGCCUGGAUGAAAGAUACGUUUACUCAAUGUAAAGUCUAAGAUGAGAGGAGAGUGAUAGACUGUGAUAUUAUCCUGUGAUAUUAUCCUGUGAUAACAUGUAUCAUAUUUUCCCACUGUCAAAAUAGAAGUGGGAUAUUGUAAUACUACAGUAUGUGUAGGGUGUAUACCACCAAAUAAAAUCUUGUGGACGACAGUUGUAACAUGUGGCUAAAACUCUGACAUACAGCAUAUUCAUCGACAUAUACACCAUGGAAAUAAAUGCUACCACCUCACACCCUUAAAGUAAAUCAGAAAAUAUUGGGGGUUAAGCUGCUCAUUUCAGAGAUAAUGGGUAGCAUCUAUGGCUACCCUAGGUCUGCACAAAAAUGGUCAUCUAUUUUAGUAGGACCCGCACAUGUUUCAAGCACAGUUUGACACUAGUUCAAACUAAAUUACAGGAAUUUACUGGCCAGAUGAACCAACAUUUUAUCACAACAAACACUGUCACAUUUAUCACCAAUCACAGGACUUGUGGUAUUUACUGCUCUAUCAAAAGUUAGGUGCACCUCGAACUUUGACCCAGCCAGAUGUUAUUUGGUUUAGUACUACCUAUAUGGGGUUGAAGAAGUUGGGUUCCAAUAUUAUUAUUUUUUUAUAUUUUUUCACUUCUAACUCCUAACUUGACUGAUCUUGUGGGCCAAUUGGCCUCUAAACCUCUACAUGUUAUUUCAACCCCUGAUGUUCGAGACUUGUGUUUGGGUUUUUCUGUAUAUGUCGAUACAAAACAAAUUCAGCUCAAUCAUCUGGCUUGAUACUUGUAACAAAAUGUCUGUACUCAAGGCUUAAAAGAAAUCUAUUAUAUUUGACCACUUAAAUUAUAUUUGACUGCUUUUGACAAGAUGCUUGCUUUCAACAAAAGCAUUGAAUACUGGUGUUAGCUGUUAUUUGCGGUAAUGUGAAUUGAAAUGUUUGUCAGCAUUCCUUCAUAUUUGUACACCACAAUAUAAUAAAAGUCAGUGUUUUGGUGUAUCAAUCGCAAAGUUGCAUACCACUGUAGAACAUACUUGUGUGCUUUUUGCCAUUUCUAUCAUGUUACAAAAAUUGUUUUUAUAUUUAAAUGUUUUUAAAAUAUGUACAAAUGGUUAUGAUUGAGAAUGAAUGUGAUAAUGAAAUUGGUAUAUUUUAAAAUUAAACACAUAUUUAUUUAUAUUUUAGUCAUUUUUUAUUUUUAAAAUUGUUCAGUUUGGUAGAAAACCUUAAAGUACAACUACAAUAUCAUAGGGCUUGACGAUGAUGCAUUUCUCGUCACAUCCCAUGUUGAAAGGAAAAUUACAAUAUUACACACACACACCGUUGUUAUCAUCCACCGAUGUCUAUGGUUACAGUGUUUCUACCAGAAAGAAAUUUUUGGGUCUGGCGCUAUAGAGUUGAAUGCAACCACAGUCAAUAGGGUGUGUGGGCAGCCUCCCCCAGAAAGAAAAUGGGUUAUGUUUAGGGUUAGAGUUAAAAAAAUCAUACAUUAAUGAUGAGAGUAAUUAAUUUUGUUACACAGUUAAUUCUUAGAAAACAAAUAUGAGUAUGGUACAGAAACCCUGAAGGGUUAUAUAUUGUAUUUUAUUGUCUACAUUAUUAUAUAACAUGAUGUAUUGUCCGUCCAUACUGUAAUAAACUUUAAUGUCUA